AUGACGUCAGCGUCCGACAGCUACAAGGCUUUAGCAGCCGCAGCAGCUGUUGGUGCAAUUUCCGGAGCAGCCGCUGCAGCUGCGGUGUUGGCAUUGAAAAGCCCCAGCCGCCCACGCCCUUGUCCGGCUGUGGACGCACACCUGGAGCAGCAUCUGCGAUCUGCUCGCAUAGUGCCAGUCCUGGCAAUCGAAGACGCUGGAAACGCGGCCGAACUUGCCAGAGCCAUUUAUGAUGGUGGCUUCUCCGUCAUCGAGGUCGCAUUCCGAAGUGCGGAUGCUAAAGACGUGCUGCGUGAGAUGGCCGCUGCUGAGCCUCGUGCCUACUUCGGAGCCGGCACCAUCUUGACGGCCGACCAGGCAGCAGCUGCGGUGCGCUCUGGCGCCCGAUUCAUCGCAACUCCAGGCCUCAAUUCUGAGGUGGUGCUGUGGUGCUGCGCGAACAAGAUCCCUGUGAUCCCCGGAGUGGCCACGCCCUCCGAGGUGCAAGAGGCCAGCAGGAUGGGCCUGAGCAUUCUGAAGUUCUUCCCCGCCGAGGUUAAUGGUGGCACGGAAGCACUGAAGGCCAUCUCAGCACCAUUUCCUCAUCUGAACUUCUAUCCGUCUGGUGGGGUAACAGAGAAGAACCUCCAGGCCUACCUCUCGCUGAAGCAGGUCAUCGCUGUCGGAGGCAGCUGGAUGGUGCCACAGGAUGCAAUUUCUUCCGGAGAUCGCGAGCUUCUGAAGACCCUGGCGCACAGCACUCUCCAGGUCGCUCGAAGCGUUGGCCAAGCAAGCAACGAAAAGGUUGCAACUGCGUCUCUUGAUCAUACGGUCCGACUGUGGUCAAUUGAAACAGGAGAUUGCUUGAUGACAUUCAUCGGCCAUGAGGAUCAGGUCAUGUGCGUCUCGUUCUCUCCAGAUGGCGAGUUGAUUGCCACAGCUUCUACGGACAAAACUGCCAAGCUGUGGCUCUGCCAAACUGGACAAUGCAUUGUCUCUUGUGUGGGACACUCUGGGCCUGUCUACACCGCCUUCUUCUCCCCUGAUGGGUGUAACUUGCUGACGUCGUCUCAUGAUCGAACUGUCAAGAUCUGGGACACAGCGAGCGGUAGCUUGUCGGCAACCUUGUCGAAGUUCGAGCGUAGCAUUCACAGCGCCGUGUACUCACCAGAUGGCCAGCUGAUAGCCACGGCCAUCGAUGACCCAGAAGUGUCAAUAUGGAACGCAAAGACCCUCGACCGUGUAAAAGUCCUGUCCGGCCACGAGAUGAAGGUCUUCAGCGUGCAGUUUUCCCACGACGGAAGCUUGCUGCUCACGGCCUCCAUGGAUCAAUCGGCCAGGAUAACCGAUGUGCGGACUGGCAAGACCAAGCUAACCAUCACAGGCCACGACGAUUGGUUGCGGUGCGCGGCCUUUUCGCCAGACAGCCUCAAGGUUGUGACAGCUUCUGGUGACGGCACGGCCAAGACGUGGAGUGCUGUCACUGGUCGGCCAUUGUUGUCUCUCGUUGGCCAUGAAGACUGGCUGCGCAUGGCUGCUUUCUCUUCAGAUGGACGGUGUGUGGUGACCGCGUCCAAAGACGGCUCGGCGAGGGUGUGGCGGUCCGACACUGGCGAAUGCCUGAGAAAGCUGGACGGCCACAAAGCAUGGGUGAGAUGGGCCGCCUUUGCGCCGAACAGCAGUCAUUGUCGAAUUUCGCUGGGUUCGUUCGGAUAA